GACGUUAGUCCCAGUUGUCUUGAAUAUGCGAAUGUAAACAUGUACCAGCAGUACUGUUGUUAAUUGAAUUUAUUUAAAUAAAGCUAUAAAAUAUUAAAAUAAAAAUGCUGUGGGACGUUAAUAUGUGACGUAAGCAUGGCAUUCUUCUACUUGACCCCUGUCAAAGGUGAAUUGCCUGCACAUUUAUUAGAUAUAAUCGUUGUUAAUAGGCUGAGUUACCUUAAAACAAUCUUAAAUGGAGAACCGCCUCUAUACAAUGAGUACCUUGUAGAAGGAAGUAUAUAUGACAACGUGGGACACUUCACAUUAUGUAUUUUAUCAAUAUUGUAUGCGAACAGAGAGUUCUCCCAGUUUUUUGUCAACGCAGAAUUAGAGCUUUUCAAACGGCGUUUGGAAACUUUGACGGCUUAUGAGUUGAGGUCAUUCUCUAAGAAACUGCUCAGGAACAUUAAGAAGACUGAAAAUGUACCUACAUUUAUUGAUUCCUUACAAGUUUUAAGCCAACAUUUAGUUUUGAAGGAUGUGGCUCAGCAUAUUUGCGCAUCCCACAAUAUCAAUUGUAAUUUCUACAGUAUUCGAUUAAAUUUUAGGCAGUGCCUGAGCCUUGUAGCUAAAAGGCAAGUUGAACUAUCAAAUGGCUUUGCCAUAAUACCAUGUGGAAGAUGGAAACAAUACAUGACAAUACUUUAUAGAGAAAACAUUAUGAGAAGAAUGAGGCAUACAGAUGUGACUCCACUCAAAAGUGAUCCUAGAAUUAUGGAGCUUCUUCACAAAGUAAAAACUGAAAUCACAGCAACAAAAGAUAAAACAAAUAUAUUACUAAGUAAAGAUGUAGAUGUUACAUCAACAUAUUUCCCUCCAUGUAUGCUAAACCUGCAUCAAAACCUUCGCAGAAGACACAGACUGACUCAUUCACAGAGGUUUUAUUACAGUUUAUUUUUAAAGGAUAUAGGGAUGCCAGUGGAGGAAGCUUUAGAGUUUUGGAAGGCAGAGUAUAGCCUACAUCCCAAUGGCCACCAUGCUUGCUGUCACAACUGGGAAAAGGAUGAAAAGAAAUACAUGUAUGGCAUUAGACAUAUGUAUGGAUUAGAAGGAGGUAGAAAAAACUACACUUCAGUAAACUGCCAAAGAAUUCAGAGCAUAGACAAUUGCUCUGAAGGUGGAUGCCCAUUUAAGUCCUUUGACUCAAACAAAAUGGUUCCACUUUUGAAAAACUGUACUGAACCAAUCUUGUCACAAAUAAAUGAAUUAAAACAAAGAAGGCUGUACACAAAUGCUUGUAUGCUAUUUAUGAAAAGUUGUUACUCUAAGUCUAUGGAUUGUGAUAGUUUUGAUAUUAAUUUUACGCCUGUUAAAUAUUAUAAUAUAGCAACUCUAGGAGAGAAAAUGGAAUUAUGAUAGAGAUUUAGAUUAGUAUUUUUUAAGUUUUGCAAAAUUUUAUUUACUUUAUGUAAUUUAUCAAAAAGAAGAUUUAUAUUGCAUGUCUUAUGGUCCUAUACGCUUCUCUAAUGUACUAAACCCGUUUUGGAAGAAAAGAGAAUAGUUUGAAUUUAGACUUGUCCUUUUAUAAAGCUAUUAAAAAAGCUGCAGUAUUCUGCGUAUUUUUUUUUAUUAA